UAAGUGCAGCCGGGAGACAGGAAAGUGCGGGAAAAAAGGUUUACUGGAUCUAGGCCUGCUGCCGACCGCCGCCACCGACGCUGUUGGUGCCCGAGCGGGACUAAAUGUCGUGGGCACGGUCGGCCGACGAGUCAGUUUUCCAAUCGUGCUUUGGAAGUCGUGAAGACCAGACCGAGCAGAGAGGGGCCGUUUCAGCGGACACUACGGCAGACGUUGGUGCACUGCGGCCUGUGCGCUCCGCUUCAAUCAACCACGAGUUUCCUCCACCAAGGUUCAACCACUUGACUGUUGAACAGCACACCAAUGCUCUUGUCAGACAGACGGGAGGAACCACGCAAAGAUGCUAUACAUACCGUAGCAAACUUGUUAAUGGAGCAGAAUGUUGCGAUACACGUGUCGUAGCGCGCGAGGGAGUCGGACCCAAUGCAUCGCCGACGAGUGGACCAAGCUGUGCCGCUUUAUUACUGUACGUCCAGUAAGAUUCUGCUACACCGGAUUGGGCGAAAUAGCCCCACUUGGCCAUGUGUAGCGACGAUGAGUGUACCAGGGUAUGUGGUCGAUUUGCCGGGCUUCCCCAGGCCAUCGAUCUCAGUCUGUAUUAUAAGACCGAGGGGCUGCUGAGGACUUAGACUA